ACUGGAAAUCUUAGUAUUUAUGAAUAGAGAAAGUACAAGAGCUGACAACUGGAAGCAAAAUUAUUUCUCAAAUUAUAUGAAGUAGAUUUAAGUAAAUCCCGUUAGUCAUUCACUCAUUUUACACUGAUAAUAAAAUAUAUUUUUAGAUAAUUAAUUACUUUUAUAUCAUGAGCUCUUUUUUUAAAAGUUGCACUGCCACUCUGAGCCGCCAGAUGGCACACGUGGUGCUGCUGCCCCUAGCGGCUCCCUCUGUCAUUACAAUUCACCAAAAAUAAAAGUAUGCGAAAGAGUCGUGCAGGAUUCUUCUUGACUUGUUAGCCUGUGUGGCUAGAUAGCUAGUAGCUAACUAAUCAUGGAGGAUGAAGACGUGUCCGAUAACUGGGAAGAAGCUGCGGACAGCGGAGAAAUCGAGAGGCGACUCGAAGCGAAGCUGAAAAUCAGUCAGAAAUCUGACAUACCUGUGAAGACGGGCGUGGUGAUUCAGGACGAGUCCCUGCCCGCGGCUCCGCCUCCUCAGAUCCGUAUCCUGAAGCGCCCGCCCAGUAACGGCGUCCUAACCGCACAGGGCGCGAGCGCUCGACCCGCUCAGCAACCCAAAUCUCUGAAACAGAGAGAGGCCGAGUACGCCGAGGCCAGGAGGAGGAUUCUGGGUAGCGCCAGUGCUGAGGAACCGGCGCGGGAAAGAGAAGACUCGGACAGAUCGGCGUCAGAAUCUCUUCAGUUGAACAGUAACAUUAUUCGGCAACCCCGGGGGCCGGACGGCACGGCAGGGUUCCGCCUCAGCAGAGAGAGAGAGACACUGAGCACUGAGGACUAAAUGAGUCACUUCGGUCAGGAUCUCUUGUCCGCCUCCUCCUUUCUGUCUGGGAGGGAGGACGUAACGACCGUGUGAUCGCUGUCUCGGUGUGUGCACUGUGAGUCUCUCACUAACGCUCACUGGGGUCCAGGCAGGAAUCACUGCGGUGUUCCGAUACGGUUCAAAGCGCCCUUGUUGACUUCCCCUAACGACUCGGACGUGCGUGAACUCUUCCGCCGAGCGUCCUUCUUUAAAUUCUCUACAGAGUCGUACUGGCUCGCUAACUCACUGGUUGACUAGCGUGCUAAAUACCUCGCGUGCAGUUCAGUAAGCUGCCGUGUACCGUAUGGAGCAACUCAAAAUGUAUAUAUUUUUUAAACACACAGUAAUCUUUUGCUCCUUUUUACAACACAGUUCGCCAUUUUCGUCCCUUUUUUGAAAAGGCCGCGAUGCCUUCUGGGAAGUUUCGACUCCCAGCGUGUACGAUGAUGUCAGCUCGGCCUUCAAAGGGCCAUCCAACGGAGUUCAGUUGAGCUGAUGAAGGAAACAUACAAGGGGAAGUGGACAAGGGCGCAUUGGGGGGAAAAAACCUCUUCUGAGCUCCCAUUUCAGACAACCUCAGAAGUUUAAAAAAAAAAACCACAGUAACGAUCGUGUUGAACAGAGUGUCUUUAACCGGGCUUUAAAGUUUGUCCAAAGAUGAAAUGUCCACAAAACUUUAGGCCAUGCCAAAGUGUGUGAGGAGGGAAGAGGCAGGUUUGACUGUUUAGCUCUGUGGGACAUCAACAACACACACACACACACACACACACACUAAACUAUAUACCCUGCUGAAAAAACUAUAGAAACCAUCACAGAAAUUCUACUGGUUUCCAAUAGAAAUACCAUAACAACCCAUCAAACUUAAAGGAAGAAACUUUAUUGGGUAAAUCGGAGGGAAAGGUGGACGUUGUGGACGUUUCAUUUUUGCCUGAACGUUGAUGAAAAUACAUACAGUAAUACUCAACACAGCAAUAAUACAAACCGGACAAUAGACUCGGGAAUACUGCUGUAAAAAUCUCAAAUUAUUCUGUGCCUCUUUUUGUUUUAUAUACAUUUUUAACAUAUAUAUUUAUAUAAAAUGGUCCGAGGGAAGGGAUUUGCUCCUGUGUUUGUUGUACACUGACUGAACAGCGCAGAUUUAUUACACUCUGUUUUAUUGAUAACUACAAUUUAUUUGGGGGGUGUGUGUGUGUGUGUGUGUUUUCUGGUAGAUUCCGCAGAGAGACACGUUUCUGUGGCGUUUUAGUUAGCAGUCAGCGCUAAGCGUAAUCGCAGUGUAAUUUCGGAAGUCUUUUCUCUCGAAUGUUCUAACAAACCUGAGGGAACUGCUGAUGUUUUGUUUCUGUUGUGUCUUUACAAGGUCUGUAUCGGAAGCAAACUGCUACGUGCUAGCUAGGUUAAUCAUUAGCCUCAGUCAUUAGCGGUACUUGUGGCCCAGUUGCCUAGCAACAGUGCCUCGCGACUUGAAGCAGGUUAAAGGCGCGUGUGUGCUUACGUGAUGGUCGCCUAAAUGUGCAGAGAGGAUCGAUCUGAAAACAUUAACUUCGGACUAGAAAAGAAAACAAAAGCACUUUGCAGUGUCGUUGUGUAUCUACUUGAUAUCUGAUUGAUCAUCUGUUUUCUUACUCGAAUAAUUAACAGUUCGCACGACGAGCCUGAGAGAGAGAGAGAGAGAACACGGGGAUGCUGAACAGUUAUGAACAGUCUAGAAAGGCCAUGAGUUUUAGUUUUACUUGAGAACAUUUUUCUAUCUCUCUCUGUCUCUCUCUCUCUCUGUCUCUCUCUCUCUCUCUCUCUCUGUCUGUCUGUCUGUCUGUUUCCAUCUGUUUAUCUCUCUCUGUCUCUCUCUCUCUGUCUGUCUGUCUGUUUCCAUCUGUUUAUCUCUCUCUGUCUCUCUCUCUCUCUCUCUGUCUGUCUGUCUGUCUGUCUGUUUCCAUCUGUUUAUCUCUGUCUUUCUCUGUCUCUCUCUCUCUCUCUCUCUCUGUCUGUCUGUCUGUCUGUCUGUCUGUUUCCAUCUGUUUAUCUCUGUCUUUCUCUGUCUCUCUCUCUCUCUCUCUCUCUGUCUGUCUGUCUGUCUGUCUGUCUGUUUCCAUCUGUUUAUCUCUGUCUUUCUCUGUCUCUCUCUCUCUCUGUCUGUCUCUCUGUCUGUCUGUCUCUCUCUCUCUCUCUGUCUGUCUGUCUGUCUGUUUCCAUCUGUUUAUCUCUGUCUGUCUCUCUACCUAGCUGUAUGGUUGUCAGGGCUAAAUAAUUUCUAUGGACGGGACGUCUCCAUGGUUACCACAUGUCUGAGAGACGCCGCCUACGUGGUUUGCGGCUCACUACAGAUUCGCUGCAUCCCAAUUCGCCUGCUUUGAUUUUUUUUUUUUUGAGAGUGUGGAUCUGUGGACACUUUUUUUCCAUCGAAUAUUACCCACAAGUCCUUGCGUGAGGGAUGGAGGAGGAGUUUUGUGACGGUUCGCGUCGCCGAAUUCAACCUGCAAACACGGCGGCCGAGUGUACCGUCGGUGAUGCGUAUUCUAGAGAGGUGUAAAUGAAACGUAGAAAAAUAAAUGAAGGGAUUGGUAAAUAAGCUAUGAUGUCCAGAAAACAACACUUUUUUUUCUGCUUGAUAUCAGCAGAAAGAAAAACCCACUCCUGGCCUUUCUGUAACGAUGGAGAUGAUUUGCUUUAUGUCAGAUCUGUGUAGAUUGAGGAUGACUAUCAGCAAGCGUUGUUUAAUUAAAAUAUCAAACAUGUGUUUUACCAAAAGCAGGUGGUGAUGUAGUAAUAACACCAGGCAUGGCUCGCGUGUUCUAGCGUUAAGGACCGAGUUAAAGACUUUUUUUUUUUUUUAGCUGCUUAUCCUGGCUUAGUUAAAUGACUUGAGUUCUGUGAGAGCGGUUAGUACAGCUACAAUCUCACAGAAAUCCAUCUUUUGCCAAACGCACUGUUAGCCGUGUGUGUAGAUGUGGAGAUGUUCAUUUGCAGCUUGUGAGCUUUACAGCUGUGAUCUGGAUUUCAGCAGGUAUCAUUUCACUGCCGUUUCCCUUCUCUUGUGAGUGUUUAUGGUUCUUAUGACACAAAUCUAAACCGGGCCUGGGAUCUAAACCGGAGGUGCUCGGACGUCUUGCGGCAGCAGCCCUUUAACUGUAAGAUAAGUUCCAGUGAAAUUCCUCAGAACGGAUUUAUUUUAUAAUCCCAGUAUCAUACUGGUUAUUUAAACGUGAGCAGCGAAAAAGCAUCUGUCUGUUUAUUAGAGCCGUAGAGCGUUCUACAGACGCGUGAUGGUUUGUCCAGCUGGACGUGACUUCUAGGCCUCGGAGUUGUUUUUGAAGUAUUGUGGUCUGAAUUAAACCCGUCUAAUAGCUCUAGUAGGAUUUCAUUUCCACCACUGUACCAAAACAAAACGAACAAACAAAACCCGGACCCUGUGCUGUUUUACACGCUCCAUUAAAAAAAGUUUGCUGAAAAUAAAUGCCAUCAGAGUCAUUUUCCGUGUCACGCCUUGUUCCACCGCUUGUUUCAGUCAAGCGCGAGGGUCGAUGGGAUUGAAGCACUCAGUGCCUCCAGGAUUUUGCGAUCGCAGAAAUGAACGCAAAAUCAAGCAAGCGCCACAAUACUCGGAGGAGCUCGCAGUUUUUCAAAAUGACCGCAGGUUUUGGCCGAGACGCGUCAUGUGACUUCAUCACGACGCGCGUUCAGACGAAAACGCCCACACUGAUUCACAUGCGUCGAUCAUGAGUGCAGCUGAAAGCUCUCAUUUACCAACAGACGUUUUUGCCAAUUCAAGUAGUUUUCCUUAAAAAAAAAAAAAGGCACGUAAACUCAGCAAGUUACGCAAAUUUUGAAAAAAAACACAGCAAAAUCGAGCGUUUUCGCCGCAACAUUCACAAAAAUCUCAGCGUCAUCCUGUACGGACUGAUUAGAGGAGAACUUCACUUAUAAAUGAAAACUUUACUAGUCAGGAUCCCUAGGUACGGUCACACUGAUGUCCCCUUAACCUUAUCUGUUACUUAAUUCAGUUUGAACGUGUCUUUAAGGUGUGUGUGUGUGUGUGUGUGUGUGUGUGUGUGUGCGCAGAUUUCCUCUGCUGUAUCAGAGAGUAAUAUUUACCCAAUAUUUACCCAAGCCUCACCUUUGAGCCCAGAUUAAUCCUGCUUUUAGACUAAAGACUCACUUCCUCCAGUCAGAGACGAGUGUUGAUCUACACACAGGAAACUGCUGCUGCAGAAAACUCCACAAGCCUCUUUCACUUCCCUUUCACUGACCUGAAACUCACAACAACAGAACACAGAUUGUGUAUUCAUGAUUUUCUUUUCCACUCGGUGUUGGUGUCAGUGCCGUUUUAUUUUCAGAGCUCUGGCGUGUUCACACCCGCCGUACAGUUACAGCUCUGAAUCCACAUCUAACACUCCUGAUCCAGAUCCAGACCCGCGUUUACGAACAAACUGUGGAUCACGUUGUGAUCCACUGCAUUUGGGAUAAAGAGGGGAAAUUGUGGGCUCUUUUUUUUGCAAAGUGAUCUAGAACGUGACGUAUUUCGUCGUUGUCUUCUCCUUAAGAUGGAGUCUGAUCCUAGUCUCUGAAAUGUUCUGAUGUCCCCUCGCAGCAGGUGAAAGUGAGUGGAUUUUAUAACGCUAAUACUCCAAAAAACUAUAGACCACGUCUCUGAGUACUCGCGGUCGUUCCUACAUCACCACACUCGCAGCUUCAGCAUAGCAAAGCACUGCCUACACACAACGACCGACUCUAGAACCCUUACAGGUUCUCCGGUUAUCACACUGGAGGAAUUCUUAAAGGUUUGAGAUCAGAAGGUGUUCCUAAGAACCCUUAACUAUACAGAAGAGCCCUUAUUGUUUCCUGUUUUGAUAUUUAAUCCGGUUGUGUUUUUGUUUAUGUGUCAGGAGUUCUCUGCUCAUUCCCGUCUCAUACACACAAACUGCAUAUUACUGUGACUGGAGAUGUUUAGCGAGGAUUCACAAACAAUAAUUAAGUCCGUCGUGAGGAUCUGCGCUUCGGUGGAAGUGUUUAUUUCCCACAAUCCUUUGCCUUAUUUACGGCAUGUUGUCUGGUGUCAUCUUUACUGUUAUGACGUGACGUGACGUUCCUGUCCGAUUCCUCCAUCCGUCUGCUCAGAAAUAAACUUUAUUCUGGAGUAUUA